AUGUUAGAAGGUCCAACUUUCCUUGUUUCAAGAGAUUUGCCAAGUGCUUGUGAACAAGAAAGCAAAUGGACUUACAAUGCCCUUUGUGUCACCUCACUUUCGAAGAGAAAGACUUCAAAGCCAUCCGAGGGUAAUUUCGUCAUUUCACCUUCUGAACCCAACAAUUCAAACACCAAAAAACAAGACGCCAACAAUCAUUCAGAUUCCACUUCAUUAAUCAACCAAAUCGGCCUCGACCUCACAAUCAACUGCCUUUUACUCAGUUCAAGAUCCGAUUAUGGUUCAAUCGCCUCACUAAAUCGCAAAUUCCGAACCCUAAUUCGAAAUGGCGAACUUUAUAAACUUAGAAGAAAGAUGGGUAUAAUCGAACAUUGGAUUUACUUCUCAUGUAAUCUUUUCAAAUGGGAAGCUUUUGAUCCAAUCCGCCAUAGAUGGAUGCGAUUACCCGCCAUGGACUGCAAUGAAUGCUUCAUGUGUUCAGAUAAAGAAUCAUUAGCAGUAGGCACAGAGCUUCUUGUAUUCGGAAAAGAAAUCGACAACCAUGUCGUUUACAAAUACAGCAUCUUAACAAAUUCAUGGUCACCGGGAAUCAAAACCACUACCCCUAGAUGUCUUUUCGCCUCCGCAAGUCUCAACGAAAUCGCCAUUGUCGCCGGCGGGUGUUCUCCGUCUGGUAAGAUCUUGAACUCGGCCGAGCUUUACAAUUCAGAAAUCGGGACAUGGGUGAGUCUUAAUAGCAUGAAUAAACGAAGGAAAAUGUGUUCUGGGGUGUUUAUGGAUAAGAAAUUUUACGUAAUUGGUGGAGUUGACGAAAAUUUCAACGAACUUACGUGUGGGGAGGUUUACGAUUUGCAAACUGGGGUUUGGACGGUGAUUCCGGGUAUGUUUCCGGUGGGGGUCGGAAAGGAUGCGCCGGCGAUGAGUAAAGCUCCGCCUUUAGUGGCGGUUGUGAGGGAUGAAUUGUAUGCGGGGUUUUAUGAAGAACAGGAAGUGAGGAGAUAUGAUAAAAGGAGGAAUGUGUGGGUUAGGGUUGCGGGGUUGCCGGAAAAGGCGAGUUCUAUGAAUGGAUGGGGGCUUGCUUUUAGAGCUUGUGGUGAUGAGCUAAUUGUUAUCGGCGGGCCUAGGGCGGCGUAUGGCGGAAUGGUUGAAUUGAAUUCUUGGAGGCCCGAUGAAAGCCCGCCUGAAUGGAAUUUGCUUGCGAGAAAACAUUCUAGUGGAUUUGUUUAUAAUUGUGCGGUGAUGGGAUGUUAA